AUGCGGCUCCGGCUCCCGGUGCGCGGCCCAGCGGCGCUGAAGGUGCUCGCGGCCGCGGCCGCCGCCGCCGCCCCCGUGGAGCUGCAAUGGGGCAGCCCCGCUCGGGAGCGCGCACCCCCCGGCCCCGGCGCGGCCCCGACCCUGGAGCUCGAGAGCGGAGCCCUCCUCUUCUCCCCCAACGCCAUCUGCCAGUUCUUCUUCCUGCGCCGCGGGGACGCGUCCACGGACCUCGGCACCCAAUGGCUGGAGUGGGAGGCGACCGAGCUGCAGCCCGCGGCCACCACUGCGCUCUAUGGCCGCCUGGUGCUGGGCAGGACCAUGGCUGAGGCCGUGGGGGUCCUGCGGGAGCCAUUGACCCACAUGGAGCAGAGCUUGGCCAGGACGGGCACUGCCUUCCUCACUGGGGAGGCACCCUCCGUGGCGGAUGUGGUUGUGUGGGGCACAUUGUUCCCAGUGCUGCAGGAGGAGAGCAGUGUGCCAGCGGAGCUCCCAGCGCUCAGGACCUGGUUCCGCACCAUGACUCUCUCUGAUCCCUGCCGAGCUGCUGCUGACACCGUCCUGGUGCCCACGGCACUGUCGGAGCUCACAUCCCACCUGCGGCAGCAGCCGGGUCCCCGCGGUGCUGGUGCUGGUGCCGGUGCUGGUUCUGGCAGCCCCGCGCCAUCCCCGGCCUCGCCUCCAGAGGAUGAAGGCUCCGAGCGCGUCCUCACCGAGGCCGAGAUCGCGGCGGCCACCGACGCAUGGGCCCGCGGUGCCGCGGCGCUGCCCAAGCCAUGGCGGCCCCAGACACCCGUGCUGCCGGUGGAGGGCAUGCGGAACAUCCUCAUCACCAGCGCUCUGCCAUAUGUCAACAAUGUGCCUCAUCUCGGCAACAUCAUCGGCUGCGUCCUCAGCGCCGACACCUUCGCCAGGUACUGCCGCCUGCGCAACUGGAACACCCUGUACGUGUGUGGCACUGACGAGUACGGCACAGCCACCGAGACCAGGGCGGUGCAGGAGGGGCUGACGCCGCGGGAGGUGUGUGACAAGUACCACAGGAUCCAUGGGGACAUCUACGCCUGGUUUGGCAUCUCCUUCGACUACUUCGGCCGCACCACGACACCAAAACAGACCAUCAUCGCUCAGGACAUCUUCCGCCGGCUCCUGGCUCGCGGGUUCCUGCUCCAGGACACUGUGGAGCAGCUUCGGUGCCAGCUCUGCUGCCGCUUCCUGGCCGACCGCUUCGUGGAGGGCACCUGCCCAAUGUGUGGCUAUGGGGAGGCCAGGGGGGACCAGUGCGAUAAGUGUGGCAAACUCAUCAAUGCCGUGGAGCUCAAGAGCCCUCAGUGCAAGCUCUGCAAGGGCGUCCCCACAGUGAACCCCACCGAGCAUCUCUUCCUGGACCUGCCCAAGCUGCAGCAGCCCCUGGAGCAGUGGCUGGAGCUCUCCUGGGCCUCGGGGCACUGGACACCCAACGCUCGGCACAUCACCCGCUCGUGGCUGCGGGAGGGGCUCCGGCCGCGCUGCAUCACCCGCGACCUGCAGUGGGGAACCCCUGUGCCCCUGGACGGCUUCCGAGACAAGGUGUUCUAUGUGUGGUUCGAUGCUCCCAUUGGGUACUUGUCAAUCACAGCAAACUACACCGACCAAUGGGAGAGGUGGUGGAAGAACCCUGAGCAGGUUGAGCUCUACAACUUCAUGGCCAAGGACAACGUCCCCUUCCACAGCGUCAUCUUCCCUUGCUCACUCCUGGGUGCGGAUGACAACUACACCCUCGUGAACCACCUGAUCGCCACAGAGUACCUGAACUACGAGGAUGGGAAGUUCUCCAAGAGCCGCGGUGUGGGGGUGUUCGGUGACAUGGCCAUGGAUACCGGUAUCCCUGCGGACGUGUGGCGGUUCUACCUGUUGUACCUGCGGCCCGAGGGGCAGGACAGCUCCUUCUGCUGGAGCGACCUCAUGCUCAAGAACAACGCGGAGCUGCUCAACAACUUGGGCAACUUCAUCAACAGGGCUGGGAUGUUCGUGUGUAAGUUCUUCGGUGGUACCGUCCCCAGUAUGGUGUUGGCACCCGAGGACAAGCGGCUCCUGGCGCGGGUCACACUGGAGCUACACCAGUACCACCAGUUGCUGGAGAGAGUCCGCAUCCGGGAUGCGCUGAGGUGCAUCCUCAGCAUCUCUCGCCAUGGCAACCAGUACAUCCAGGUGAACGAGCCAUGGAAGCGGAUCAAGGGGGGUGAAGAGGACAGACAGCGCGCGGGGACGGUGACCGGUGUGGCUGUGAACAUGGCAUCCCUAUUGGCUGUGAUGCUACAGCCCUACAUGCCCAGCAUCAGCUCUGCCAUACAAGGGCAGCUCCGCAUCCCCCCGGAUUGCUUCGUCCUGACCCACACCUUCACCUGCACCCUGCCCCAUGGACACCGCGUGGGCACCGUGAGUCCCCUGUUCCAGAAGCUGGAGCCCGAGCGGAUUGAGGCCCUGCGCAAGCGCUUUGGGGGGGGGCAGGCCAAGCAGACCCCCCCAGCCCCACAACCGCCUCCAGCCCCACAACCGCCCCAGCAGGAGCUGGCGAUAGCCACGGGCAACAGCCCCGAGGUCCUCGCCCCCCAUGGGAAGCAGCAGUAGCCCCACAGCACAUAGAGACCACACUGGGAUGUGGUUGUGUGUGUAAUAAACGCAAAUGCUGUACAAUGA